AUGGUUUUUGCUGCAGAUUGGUGCUACCAGUCCCAGGUCACAUGCAAUGGCACCUGCAAAGGGCCUGAAAAGUGGUCAGUGGUUUCAAAGUUAUGCAGUGGAAGAAUCCAGUCACCAAUAAAUAUUGUCACAAGGAAAAUCCUACCAGAUGAACGCCUCACUCCAUUCCAGUUUAUUGGCUAUCAAGAGACUUUCCAUGGUCACAUCAGAAACAACGGUCAUACAGUUCAACUUGACUUGCCUGCUUCAGCAAUGAUCAAAAGUGGAAAUCUGGUCAUGCCAUACAAGACAGUGCAGCUCCACCUGCACUGGGGCAAAGACGGAGAACCGGGGUCUGAGCACACCAUCGAUGGAGAGCAAUUUCCAAUGGAGAUGCACAUUGUCCACAUUAAAGAGGAGUACAAAUCUUUAUCUCAAGCUCUGAAAGACCCCAACGGUGUCGCGGUUCUUGGAUUUUUCUUUCAGGAAUCCAGCAGCCCAAAUAAGAAGUUUGGCCCCUUCAUAUCUGCUCUGAAAAAUAUCAAACAUCCCAACACCAACACUACAUUGAGCAGUGUGUCCUUGGAUAUGCUCAUACCGCCUCAAAGCAACAUGACAAAGUACUUUCGCUAUCAGGGAUCCCUCACUACACCCGGCUGUGCGGAGGCUGCCAUUUGGACUCUGUUUGAAAACGCCAUUCUACUCAGCAGGCAACAGCUUGCAGCAUUCUCCCAGCUUCAGUUUUCCAAUGGCGUGCCGAUGGUAAAUACAUAUCGGCCAGUUCAGCCCCUAAACAGCAGGCAGGUCUAUUACUCAGGAGGCCAAGUCACUUUUGUAAGCCCUACGUUGCUCAUCUCCUCUGUGUUGGCAUCUGCUGGAUUGUCACUGCUCACCAAGGGUUGA